GAUGUGUUGUGUGUAAAAGUAGUUUAAAUUUAAAUACGCUAAAAUGGAAUCACAAACUCAGCCGCAAUCUACAAUAACUGAACACCCAGGCUGCUAUUGUUUGCUGUGCCUAUCCGAAGACCCAACUCUCAUAAAAACAUUAACAGCAGUUCGAGGGGAAGAAGGCAUCCGACAGAACAUCGAAGGCCUUAUUCGAAAAUAUUUUCCGGAAGAGUUGCUUGAAUUAAACGGACAGAUUUGCUGCAGUUGUAACCAGCAGUUGAAAGACUUUCAUCAGUUCUAUUUAAGAAUAAAAACAAUCCAGUGGAACCGUAAAAUGAAGACCGCCACCGGAAGUGAAAGUGCUAGUAAUUUAGUUGCAUUUCAAAUGGAUACAACCAUCAAAGAGGAAAAGAUCGACGACACAUACCGUUUUGAUCAUUCUGCUGCGGAUGUUGAAGGCUUGAAUAAUUUCCUUAACGAAGAGUUUGGAUCACAGCCCGAACACAACGGAAACGGGAUUACACAAAACCGAAUUUUAGAUUCGAUUGUAAAUGAAUUUCAAUCCAGUUCACUUGAAAACAAUAAUUCAACCAGAGGCAACGAAAACCAACCCAGUCCUAAACGCAUGAAAAAAACCUUUUUCGAUUUGUGGCCGCCAAUAAACAACCUCAAUUCUCGCCUACCGAGCAACACUGAAAACGCUGAAUUAGAGCUGUUGGAAGAUGAAUUCCAUGAGUAUGACAAGCCGCCAGACGAACAAAUACAUCAAUCACAUAAUGUUGCUGCGAUGGAUGAACUGGAACGUCUUCGCAAAGAAAAUGAGUGGCUCAAGCGUAGGAACCACCUAUUGGUAACGCGUUUGCGUGAUGUCCACGUCCGCAACAGCGAUCUGCUCCAAAUAAAUCGAGAGCUCACUGCAAAACUUAGAUCAUAUGAUCCUAAGUUGCUAGGGAAGCCCAUUCCCGUGAGUCAAGAUAAUACCAAAACUUCUGCAGAAGCUUUGGCACACAUAAAACAGCAAAAUUCUUCUAUAUUCACUACUCCAACUCUAACAGCUUCGCAGCAGUCGCGACAGGGACGGGACUCGGAUGGAAGCAAAUUCAUAUCACUAAGUGGAGCAUAUACCCUGGAUAAUGGGGAUACUGUAGUUCAAGACUCAGUAAUUCCGUGUCGUACGAUGCUAGACAUUGACGCAGUUGAGCCUGGUGAAAAGUAUGAUCUCAAGUUUAUUAGCAAGCUGGCGGUGGCGCUCUGGGGAUACGAACGGCUGGCAGUAAGUAGUGUCACCGGACGGAAAUCGAACAAUGCAGGACAAAAUACACCACCAAGUAUACAACUUGAACCGGAAAAACUGAGUUUCAUCAAAGAAAAAGUUUACAAUAGGGCUAUGCUGGAAACAAACGAUCGACUACAGGCAAUGGCACGUUUCGACGACUCACGCAUUAAUCGCUUGCUGAACAUAAAAAUUCAAAAUGCGAAAAGGAAAAAGAACCUACACUACUCUGCCGUCUAACCGCAUGACUUCAAACUAUUUCUUUUUAAGGAUCAUGAUUUUCGUUUAUGAUUACUGCGAAUCGCACCAGAUAACUUAUUAUAUUUUUUAAUAGUGUAUGUACGUACUACAAGCGUUAAUUUUUAAAGUAUUCCUUGAAAUACGAGUUUGGUUAAA